AGCCAAUCAGAGAACGGCAUUCGUGAUGGAACGCUAGUAGAUACAUACCAAAACUCGAUAGAAACACGGUACAUGUUUUCUAUUUCAUCAUUCUGAUAAUGGUCACCUAAUUGGGCUUCGAUCAAACCAUGAGGAAAUCUUGACAAGCUUUAUUCAACAGCUUAUUGAAUUGUAGCGUACAAGGAAGGAUAAAUGAAUAGAGUAUGCGCAAGCAAGUUAUCGUGGACCCUGCAUGUGGUCAGGUAGCCUCUUCCAGGCGUUCAGUUUCUCUUUCUGCACUUCUCCCCUGCUUUUUCGCUCGCCGUUUUUGGCGGAUGCAGUUGUCCGCAGCGAAAAGACUGGGAAUAACCUUGCACCAGAUCGAGGCUGCCCUCGAGGUUUCCAAGUUACAAAAUGGCGGGUUGUGCGAUGGUUUUGAACAACAAACUCUUUCAAGAAUUAUUUUGACAAAGGCUAUGGCACAUCGUGAUAUUUAGAGAUCAUCUAGCCGGUGGUGCGAGUUUUUGCUGUAGUGUUUCUGUAGUGAAAAUCGCGAUUAUUAGGAAUAAGGAAACAUAGUUAUUGAUGUCAUCGCAAGAUCGGAGAAAACGAUCUAGUCCUCGCACUUCUUCUUCGAGUUCGCGAUCGACCGAGAGUCUUUCUGGGCAUAGCUCAGAAAAGAAUCAACAUCGAGAAAACUCUUCUGGAAGGAAGAACAAUUCUGGAAAGCAUCAACAGAAAAAUGUCCAUCGCACAAACAGCCAUGAUCACGUUCGUAAACUUGUUGAACAGGAAGGAAGAGCUGCCAGGAACCUGGUUACAUGGUCUGUUCCUGUCACAGAUCCCAAUCAGGAUGGAAAAGGAAAGAGGUCUAAACCAAGGAUGGUGAAUAGAAAACGUACCUCUACACCAGAAAAAUCCGGCUCAUCUGAGAGGGAGGCUUCUCCUGCACAGAAAGGAGGAGCUAAAUCUCCCGGAAGAUCUCGCUCAGGGAGCAGGAAAUUGUCCGGCUCUUUCUCAGGAAAGAAAAAUGACUUGAGAGCUCGUUACUGGAGUUACUUGUUUGAUAACCUGAAAAGGGCUGUGGAUGAAAUUUAUGGCACUUGUGAGGCUGACGAGAGCAUUGUAGAAUGUCAGGAGGUAAUUAUGAUGCUGGAUCAGUGUCGUCGAGACUUCAGUGCUUUGAUCGAAAGAAUAAAUGUGCAGGAUGCAUUUGAAAAAGCUGAUUACAAGGACAGGCCAACAUCUCUGGCAUGGGAAGUGAGAAAAUCUUCCCCAGGGAAGACACUGUUUUCUAGUGCCAAUGCUUUACAGACAUCACUUGAGAGAAACUCAACCAGUCCCGUCCGCUCGUUAGACUUCAGUUCACAAUCUGUUCCGCCAUUAAGUCAGUCACUUAAUCAGUCAGGAAAUUUAGUACCAGUGCAAUCUUGGGCUGACAAAGUGCGAGGGACCACAGCUAGUACAAAUUCUAACAGUGCUCCAUCAAAAACUAUUGAUCUGAAAGGACAAGAAUGUCACAAUGCCAUUCCUGGAUUAAGACGUUUGUCAGGGAAUUUAGAAGACUGUGUUGUUCAAGAUGUUAAUGAUGAUGGUGAUGAUGAAGGGUGGGAAACUGUUCAUCGUGGAAGAAAGAUGCAUAGCAAUCAUGCAAAGAAAGCAAAUAAAACUUCUGAGAAACUUUUGAAUGGAAAAAGGGAAACCAAAUCAAAUGAUUUGAGAAUGCAGGGGGUUACAAAUGGUACAUGCAGUAAUGGUGACGUUGGAAAUCAUAUUGAUGAUAAAGAAGUUUGUACAGAACCUUACCUAAAUCCAGGUGAAGCUUCUCAAGAGUUAUUGGAAAUUGAUAAUGACAAAGAAACGCCUGCUCUUUUUCUUGAUGGCGACGAUGAACAGGAUACGUUAUCAGACAUUGAACAUGAUAAGGCACUGUCAGCGGCAAUGGAGGAAGAAGAGAGUUUGUCAAGACAGAUAGAGGAAUGGCACAACCAAACAAUCGCAUCUGUUAUUGAACACGAGGAACGUUUGACAAAAGAGAUCGCAGAAGAAGAAGAAUUAGUAACAGCAAUAAACGGUGAAAGCGAGAGUCAGACCUCUGAUAUUGAACAAGAGGAAGAUAUUGAAAAUAUAAAGGAUGCGGAGAACUCUUUGAAUUGCAGUGUUACAACAAAUGGAGACAGUAAUUCCCUUGUGAACUCAGGAACCACUCUGACUUGGGAAGAGAUGAUUGCAAAGUAUGAUGAAUUCUGUUUUCCUUUUUCUUCAUUCAUUGUCUUCACACCAUUUUAUCUUGUUCUCAAACAGGAGGUAAUUAUGAUGCUGGAUCAGUGUCGUCGAGACUUCAGUGCUUUGAUCGAAAGAAUAAAUGUGCAGGAUGCAUUUGAAAAAGCUGAUUACAAGGACAGGCCAACAUCUCUGGCAUGGGAAGUGAGAAAAUCUUCCCCAGGGAAGACACUGUUUUCUAGUGCCAAUGCUUUACAGACAUCACUUGAGAGAAACUCAACCAGUCCCGUCCGCUCGUUAGACUUCAGUUCACAAUCUGUUCCGCCAUUAAGUCAGUCACUUAAUCAGUCAGGAAAUUUAGUACCAGUGCAAUCUUGGGCUGACAAAGUGCGAGGGACCACAGCUAGUACAAAUUCUAACAGUGCUCCAUCAAAAACUAUUGAUCUGAAAGGACAAGAAUGUCACAAUGCCAUUCCUGGAUUAAGACGUUUGUCAGGGAAUUUAGAAGACUGUGUUGUUCAAGAUGUUAAUGAUGAUGGUGAUGAUGAAGGGUGGGAAACUGUUCAUCGUGGAAGAAAGAUGCAUAGCAAUCAUGCAAAGAAAGCAAAUAAAACUUCUGAGAAACUUUUGAAUGGAAAAAGGGAAACCAAAUCAAAUGAUUUGAGAAUGCAGGGGGUUACAAAUGGUACAUGCAGUAAUGGUGACGUUGGAAAUCAUAUUGAUGAUAAAGAAGUUUGUACAGAACCUUACCUAAAUCCAGGUGAAGCUUCUCAAGAGUUAUUGGAAAUUGAUAAUGACAAAGAAACGCCUGCUCUUUUUCUUGAUGGCGACGAUGAACAGGAUACGUUAUCAGACAUUGAACAUGAUAAGGCACUGUCAGCGGCAAUGGAGGAAGAAGAGAGUUUGUCAAGACAGAUAGAGGAAUGGCACAACCAAACAAUCGCAUCUGUUAUUGAACACGAGGAACGUUUGACAAAAGAGAUCGCAGAAGAAGAAGAAUUAGUAACAGCAAUAAACGGUGAAAGCGAGAGUCAGACCUCUGAUAUUGAACAAGAGGAAGAUAUUGAAAAUAUAAAGGAUGCGGAGAACUCUUUGAAUUGCAGUGUUACAACAAAUGGAGACAGUAAUUCCCUUGUGAACUCAGGAACCACUCUGACUUGGGAAGAGAUGAUUGCAAAGUAUGAUGCUGACCAUUCUGCUGAUAUGGAGAGUAGCUGGGGUGAUUUAGUAGAACAAGCAGAAAGACCUCCUGGGCGGGCUGUCCAUCUUCAUCAGAGAUUGUCAUCACCUUCAAGGAAAAGGUAUGUGUAAGAUACACAAUUUGUGCAACAACAUAGUAAUUGUUUUGUACAUCUUGUUUUUCUGUCAAACUUAACAGUUGCAACGAGCAACAAAUUUUCAGUUCUUAGUUUAAGCUUAUGUUGUUCUUAUAUCCUUUGUUCACAGUUGAAAGCUCAGCAACAACGAGAACGAAUGUUGGAAGAAAGGUUACAAAGUCUUCAGAUGCUUUCUGAAAAGGUCCAGAAAGCUCGUGAGCUGAAGGAUGAGCUGAUUCAACAGCGUCAACAACAUCUUGACGAGAAGCAAAGAAGAGCAGAACAACAGAGACUGUCAGUGCUUCAAGAGAAAGUCCGUAAAGCACAAGAAGAAGAAGCCAAGGUUAAUGAAAUAGCUUUCAUUAAUACACUGGAAGCCCAGAACAAGAAGAUCGAAGUUCUCACCAGACACCAGGGACAUGAAGCAAGGCUACAAGACAUUCAGGAAGAGAGGCAAAGAAAAAAAGAGGAGCAGCAAGCAAAAGAAGCAGCUGCACAGGAGAGACGUCGGCAAUUAGAGGCUGAAAGACUGGCGAGACUUGAAGAAAUGCAGCUUAAAAAACUUGAACAGGAAGCUAAAUACAAAAGGGAAAAACACGAAAGAGAGAAGGCCAGAGAAGAAGCGGCAAAAGAAAAAGCCAGAGAGAGGGAAAUGCGUAUUGCUGCUCGUAACGAAGCCCUGCAGACAGCAACAGAACAGCUGCAGCUUAAAAUCCAACAGAAGCAAGCUGAAACGACAAGACGCCAUGAGCAGGUGUUGGAACAUGUGAAGGAAAAGGCUGCUGGUGUGUCACGCCAUUCCACCCAAGACGAGGUCCCAGCUGUCACGCCAUACGACAAGAAAAAGAUGUGCUCUUUGUGUAACGUUGAGAUUGUGUCAGAAGUUUACUUGUUGAGCCAUUUGCGAGGCAAGAAACAUCAGCAAGCAUUGUCUGAAAUACCAGCAGCGAAAGGAAUUGUAGAAGACAAGGAUACGAUUUCACUUCAGUACAUCAAAGAAAUGCCGUCAGACAAGGCAGACCAGACAGAAAAGGCGGAUCAAGAAAGGCAGAAAGCUCUCAGAAAAAGAGCAAAAAAACUAAGAACUAGAAUGGCAGCCAAAGGACGAGAGUACGAAAGUAAUUUGUCUAAUUUAUCAUCACAAAGACAAGAAUCUGCAAAAAAGCCGAGGCUUCAGAAAAUUAUCAAAGAUCUCAAUCGUCAGCUGCAGUCACAAGGGACUGGACCCUGGCCAGCGAAUCGUGUUGGAUCACUUGAAAGAUCUUUAGGAGAAUUAAGUAGAAUUUUGGAAUCCAAGGUAACUGCUGACCAGGUGACAUUUUGUAAUCUCGGAGGAUUGACAGCCCUGACCAGGGUACUGUUAGUACCUGACAUUGCCAGUGACAAGCCUCCGGUAAAACCAAUCAUUCCAAACAAAGCUCUUUGUAGCGUCGCCAAUGUGUUGGCUCUUGCAUGUGGUGACUGCUUGGACAACUGUCGUUACAUGGUCUGCACAAACAAACUCAGCUCAGUUGUGGAUCUUCUUGUUUACCAGAUCAAGGGUGUCCCUCAGUCCCAUGGCACGUCAAAGAAAGGAGCGGAAAAGGAGACUGGAAGUGGUGCGGCAAACCAGUCGUUACCAGACCCCUUAGCAACAGCGCUGUUGAAGGUCCUAGCCACAGUGCUUCAGUGCUUUGCGACAGCUUCGCCUGAAGAAAAAGAAGUAGCGACCCUCGUACAAAGAAUGGUAGAUUUGAUCGGCUAUGUGGUUUGUUCUGGAGUAGUAGAUGACAUCAGAAGUUUCUUUAGUACAAUUCACGGUUCCUUAAAUGAAGAUCCCGCUGCAGUGAACUACGCUCAGGCUUGUUUGGCUCUUUUAUCAGCAACUGCUCAAUAUCUUGGUUCACGGUUAAGUAAUAUUUUUGAAACAAGGAAAGAAGACCUCACUCAAUUUGUUGUGACAUUUCAACAGACCGAGCUUGUAGAAAUCGUAUCGUUUCUGUAUGCCAUUCUAAUGAAUGCUGGGAAUGCGCAGUCCUCAUCGAGUUCAACACCUUCAGAAGCAACGAUAAACUUGGUGACAGAGGCGCUGUGUAUGUUGAAUUUCAUGGGAACUGUAGAUCUUAAGGUGUUGCAAACUUGUUUGGGAGCAGAAGGAGUUUCUCUGGAAUUUCGACAUAUUGUCAGUUACCUUUUGUGUAUUCUUAGUCAUCUAGUUCUUGCAUGGACAGAUUUGUAUCUUGUAACCACGUUCAUUCGAGGCUUGUUCUGUUUUGUUAGAGCUCUUUGUAGCGUCGCCAAUGUGUUGGCUCUUGCAUGUGGUGACUGCUUGGACAACUGUCGUUACAUGGUCUGCACAAACAAACUCAGCUCAGUUGUGGAUCUUCUUGUUUACCAGAUCAAGGGUGUCCCUCAGUCCCAUGGCACGUCAAAGAAAGGAGCGGAAAAGGAGACUGGAAGUGGUGCGGCAAACCAGUCGUUACCAGACCCCUUAGCAACAGCGCUGUUGAAGGUCCUAGCCACAGUGCUUCAGUGCUUUGCGACAGCUUCGCCUGAAGAAAAAGAAGUAGCGACCCUCGUACAAAGAAUGGUAGAUUUGAUCGGCUAUGUGGUUUGUUCUGGAGUAGUAGAUGACAUCAGAAGUUUCUUUAGUACAAUUCACGGUUCCUUAAAUGAAGAUCCCGCUGCAGUGAACUACGCUCAGGCUUGUUUGGCUCUUUUAUCAGCAACUGCUCAAUAUCUUGGUUCACGGUUAAGUAAUAUUUUUGAAACAAGGAAAGAAGACCUCACUCAAUUUGUUGUGACAUUUCAACAGACCGAGCUUGUAGAAAUCGUAUCGUUUCUGUAUGCCAUUCUAAUGAAUGCUGGGAAUGCGCAGUCCUCAUCGAGUUCAACACCUUCAGAAGCAACGAUAAACUUGGUGACAGAGGCGCUGUGUAUGUUGAAUUUCAUGGGAACUGUAGAUCUUAAGGUGUUGCAAACUUGUUUGGGAGCAGAAGGAGUUUCUCUGGAAUUUCGACAUAUUGUCAGUUACCUUUUGUGUGUUUGUAGCGAAGGAAAGAAUGAAGAUCUACUACAUGAAGUGAUAUUAAUCGUUGGAUAUUUCACCGUUUUGAACAAUGAUAACCAGGUGUUUGUUCAGACUGGCAGACCUCCUACCUUACUACAGCAUCUCUGUUCUCUUCCUUUCCAGUAUUUCAGUGAUCCAAGACUUCGGAAUGUUUUGUUUCCAACACUCAUUGACGCGUGUUUUGAAAAUGAAGAAAAUAAGAAGAUAAUUGAACAAGAAGUGAGAUGUGCCUUGCUUGAAAACUAUAUCGAGGAGCAAAUAUUAGAUCUUCAUCAUGAUCACUUGUUACCCUCUCAAAGCGGAAGACGGUCAGAUGGCGAAGUGUCCCAGCGUUUUGCUCUGGUGAACAGGUUUCCAUCUUCGAAGUGGGAAGAUGCGAGGCGUUUUCUGUUAGGAUCUUGACGUCAAAUCAGUUCUCUUUGCGAGAAAUAAUUAUUUUAUCUAUGGUGUUUCUAAAUUUUACCAAAUAAAUUGUACAAAACUUUAAAAACUUUCCGAUAUAUGAUGUGAGAGACGCGGUAGAUAAAUGCAUUCUUUGUGUUUUAUUUAUAAAUUUCUGGGCCCAUUAUUUAAUUGCGUGUUUUUGGCCAUUGAUAUUUUUGCUAAGAUUCCCAAAAGUAACUUUAGUUGUGUAUUUUUUUUUAUAAGAAAAAGAACAUUUCGGGAAAUGUACUCUCAAUUUCAACGUCCAUCUCUGAUUGCAUUGUUCCAUAGUGGUGUUGUUUCAAUAUUGUGAGACAGAAGGACAUUCGAAGAGAAUAGUUCUGGAUCUCAUGACUAAAAUAACGAGUAUUAGUUGUUGCUGAGACAAUGGCAAAACAUCUUUCGAGCUUUUCUCUCAUGAGUAUACAAGAACUAUUUGUUGAUGUAAUUAUGUAAAGUUAUAUCAGGUAAUAAAGAAAAUAAGCCCA